AUGUAUGGGAAGGGGAAACUAAUUGGCGGUCCAUCCGAUGUUCAGUCUAAAGAAAAGUAAGUUGCCCUUCAUCCUUGUCACUGUGUAGGCUCGCUAUGUAUGUGUAUGAGUACCUCAUACAUAUGGGAGCUCAGAAAACGGCAAAUUCGUUCCUUCAGGAGGUAUUCGCUUCAGUUUAUAACUCAAUACCUGAAAUUUAAAGAUUCGGUGGGACAAAUCCAUAACAGUCGGCGACCCACCCGGUUUUCUUCAUUCGUGGUGGAGGUUUGUAGUUUGCUGUUAUUAUUAUUGUUAUCAUUACUAAUUUUUCAGUGUGUUCUGGGAUCUGUACAGUGCUGCCCCUGAACGGCGUGACACACACGAGCAUUCAAAUGAAGCCAAGGCUUUCCACGAUUACGUAUGCUCAUUUACUUCCUGGUUUACUUGUUCGACUUAUAGGGUUUUGUGCCUUCUGGCUAUCCGAAUGGUCUUUUACAUGUAAGUCCGGUAUACUCGUAGCUGCUACCUAGUUUCGAUAUCGAAAUUUUCAUCUGUCACGUCGCAGGUUUUGUGCGAAAACCCCCUUGCUAUGACAUCGCUUCGCGUUUCAUUCCUCCACACUGAUCGACUUUUUAUUGAUGUUAGUUCGAUCAUCCGAUGUUUUCCAUGUCAUGAUCUAGAUGUCGUCGAGUUAGGUACCUCCUCUAUCAUGUAUGGCAGUCGUGUGUUUUGCCUAACUUGAGUGUGGCCGCUCAUAUUCUUAGUGUACCCGUCUUGGUCGCCACUUAAUCAACUCCAGCGGGCGACAGGCUGGCCAAAGCUGUUAAUUGAUUGCCAGUUCCUUCCGUGUAGCACUUUGUAAGUAUCAGUACGUACUUGUGGAGUUCUAGUCUUGCAAUUCUCAGGCUUUUUCACAUGACUUGCAUGUGUCUGUUGGUGUCAAUUCUCUCGAUAUUAGGACAUAAUCCUUUGGUGUGAUCGUUUAUAUCUAUCUUACCCUAGCUAGUUUUUGAAACUUUUACUCAACCCCAGUAUAACUCCUUUAGGAACACUGUAUGCCGCCUCGUCCCUUGUCGAACACCUUUUUGCAUCGCGUUCCGCAAUCUGGGCAUCCUGGCCUUCAGGGGCCCGUCAGUGGUGGACCCCCUGGCAGUGGACUUAACAACAUGGCACCCUCCUUAGGCCCACUAGGUCCGGAUUCCGGCGGAAUGCGGCAACGACCCUCCAUUCCCCCAAUGCUGCCUAAUGUCGGAGUUGGCGGUCCCGGCUCAGGGGCUGGCCUUGGCCCCAACUCUCAGCCCAUGCAUCCAUCCAUGCGUUUCCAUCAGCCAGGUGGUGGACAGUACGGCCCCGUCCCUGGUGGUAUGCUAACCGGGCCACAACACCCCGGUGGCCUUCCUCCUGGUCAACCAGGUCAUCCUAUUCACGGUGUUCCUCUCUCACAUCAUCUUCAUCCAUCUGGAGCAAAUAUUGGUCAUGGCCCACCACCGUCCAGGGCGCGUUGGAUGGGACCCUGUUCUGGCGGUCCUCAGGGCCCUGGAUCUCAGGGCAGCGGCGGCGGCGGUGGCAGUGGUGGCCAUCCAGUCGUUUGCAGUGGUAUUGGUCCUAUGCCGCCACAGACCUCCUCCGCGGGUGGGAUUGCCCCCAGUCCUGGACAUCCGGGCACUCCUGGCAGCGGCGCAACACAAGUUGCUGCACAGAGUCCCAGUAACAACGGCAACCCCGGGGGUCUUCCAGGCAGCCUUAACGAAGCACCACACCCAUCUGGACAUCCACAUCAUCCAACCCCACCACAUUAUGCCCAACAACAACAGACUCCUCCCGCCUCUUCUGGAUUGGGCUCUGCAGAUGCAGUAUUCUCUGUCCGGUCAAAUAAUCAGCUUGUCCUCGGUGGCGGUCCCGGCGGUUGUCCCUCUCAAACUCAAAUGGACAGUCCGUUUUGUGUUGGGCCUCCUGACGGAAUGAUUAAUGGGAGCGGUGGUGGUGGUCCCGGCGGUGGAAAUUCGGGACGAAAUUCCAUGAUGCCACCCCCUCCUCCCGAAUACGGUAGCUGCGGCAUGCCUGGCGGUACCCCAAAUCCGGGCUCGUACGCAGGUGAUAUGAAGAUGUCCCCUAUCCAUUCUGGUCACCCGGGUGAUAUGAUGGGUCCAGGCGGUGGUGGCAGUGGAAGUGGCGGCCCUAACGGAGCAGGUCUCCUCUUAUCUGGCCCUCCUUCAGAGUACGGAGGCGGCGGUGGCGGCGGCGCUGGAGGGGGGAAUUUUGGAGGACCUCAAAUACCACCCGACGGCCUUAUCAUGCCGCCUUCCAUGCAGCAACAGCAACAGCCCGGCCCAUCAGGCAAUGGCGGGGGCGGUGGUCCGCCAAACUCGAUGCUUCACGGUGGCCCCGGCAGUGGAUCUCAACAGGGGGCUCCUCCACCCCCUCAGUACAUGCCCUUAAAUCAGCAGCCGGGGUCCCAUGGCGUUCCCUGUGGCGGAACUGUGCAGUUUCCGGUGAGUUACUUUCGUGCUUGGUUCUUUUACUGUGCACUUUUUAUUGGAAAACUUGUCCACAUUUUUCCCUAUUUACAGCAUGUUUUUGCAGACGUUCCCAGAAUUUAGGAUCUCAUCCAAGCCGGACAUUAUUAGAUCCUUUCGAUUAAAAAAUGAGUUUUUGGGCGAAGAGAAGGUUCUUUAAAAGGUUCCUCGUCCAAUUAGAUAUAUGUUGUUGUAACAUUUAACGAAAAUGGCUAUAGGUUUUCACAGGUACAUUAGUUUGAGUAAAGGGCACUGCCCUAUAUUUACGUAAUACCAGUAUCUCUGCUAGCAAGAGGCGUCGUCCUGGUCUGCACCGCCGCAGCUACUUGUUUCAUUUAGUGCCAUUCCUGGCUUAACCAUAGAUCAUGUAUCGUUGUGGCGAUUCACUGGAUAUGAUACAUGGCAGCCCGCAUGUCCCGCCCGACCUGUGGGUGGGAAUCGAAUCCUUAAGAUGACGGCGACGGGGAAAAUCUUGUUGUAUGGCGGGUAACAUACGCCAUACCGCAAUACCGCCUUGACUUGUGACGUUUUUUGCCGGUAACUGAUAUGCCCGAGCGGUGCCUCGCCACACCUGGUGGUGCUACCGCUGUUUGCCUUAUGGUUUCCUAUUUGCCAGGCUCCUUAGUUUGCGUAUUUCGUACUUAGUGGUCACUGAAGGUAGUUCUGCUACUCGCUACCCGUACACUCGAUUGGUGGCGCGUAACCAGACAGAAGGACAGGUCUUUUCUCGGAAUUCCUUUCGUAACCUGAUACCUUCUUAAAAAAAUGGCAGUCGCUCCAAUCAUCCCUGCAAAAGUGCGAUACGCGGUGCCAUCUCUGCAUCUUCCAGAAAAAACGCGCUAUUGGCUUGAGCUUAGUAUCUAUCCGCAGCCGUAAGCACUUAACUGUUCACAGAGAUUAGACCACGUAAAGCAGUUUACUUGGCCCUUGAUAGGUUUAAGAAGAAAACCUAGGCGAUGAACGUUUGUAAUCAGCACUAAAUGCUCCCCUGUUGGCAUUUUUUGCCUCAGUAGCGUUUUAAGGUCCACACAGCUGUGCUUUUAAAAGCAAGUUCUCGCGAUUUUCACAUAAGAUUUUUAGCAUUUAAGUAUGACUACAAUACCUUUUAGAACAACGAUUCUAAAUAAUUCCGCGUACUUUCCUACCACCUUUAAAACGACCUUAUGCCUUGUCCCCAUGAAAUGCUUGGAAUAUUAACUUCGGUUCUGUAGAUUUUCUCUCUGUUUUGAGGAACUGACUUUUUGUGGGCAUGCUAGGCCCUGCUCUAGACAGUUAUAAAAAUCGCUGAAAAGCUUCAAAAGCAUUUAACGUAAAAGUGCGUAUUCGCACUUCCUUGUGAUACGAUAAUUGUUAUUCUCAGAGUUUAUGCCUUAUACCUUAAUGUCCACCAUCCACAUGCUCCUCCCUCUAUGAGACCGGCUGUUUACUUACGGAUAUCACCAGUUUUCUGAUUGCAUACUUACAUUGCCGUAAUGCAGCCUUUUCUGUUUAGAAAACGACAAAAUUAUUUUCCUAGUUUUUUGUCCUUACCAAUAUAUUGCCAUCUUGGAGCGAUCUAACCGUUAGUUAUUUAAUUGUCAAGGAAGUUCUUUAGACAUUUAAACCAGUUUGUACUGAACCACCGUUUGCCGCGUGGUCUCGUUGACCAAGCCGCACGGAUUUAGUGUGAAGAAGCUCUCACCGGACGUCCCCUUGCCACCUUAGAGAUGGACCUUAGAUCCCGUAUUUUUCCCAUCGGUAGGCGUCAUCUUAGUAGUUUGAAACUAGACCCUUAAACCCAGAUUACUUGAAGGUUUCGGUGAGAAUGAGGAUCUCGGCCGAGGCCUUGCAAUACAAAUUUCGGGCUUGGGGUGGUCAGGGGUAUGUUCGAAAACAUCUGGUGCGUAUUCUGACAGCUCUUCUAUAUGUACAAAAAUGAGCGCUGAAUCUAUCACGACAGGCUAGGAAUCCUGUCGAGGGAGGUUGUCAACUGACGGAAUAACUCCGUCCUAGGGAUGUUUUGCGGCGACUGGAGGACUGCAUUGGCUUCUUCUUAAUGUGGACCUUAUGGCUCCCUCACUUAUGUGAGGUCCGAGCCCCCAUGAAGCAUGCAGUUGAAACCAGGUCGUGUGUGUGGCACGCGCAGACGGACUGUUUGACCUCCUCAGCCAGUGCGUCAGCACUACGCGCAUUCUGUGGUACACACGGUAGACGUCGUAUGCAACGGCUGAACGUUCGUACAUACCUUAGCGAUCUUCGCGAGUUGUUUAGGUCUCUCUCUCUCCCUCUUUCUUGUUCCCCUUUUAAAGUCCCCCCGGUCUAAACCUUUAAAACGGCAAGAUCCCUCUACGCACAUUGACGUUGGUUUCCCUUAUCAUAGGAGCUACUUCGACUUACAAGUUUGAUGACAGUUCUGACAGCAUACUAGUAUUUUACGCCUGCUUCUUACGAACAGGACAAUGUUAUUUGCCAAAUCCUAGCCCAUACUACAAUGCAUUAGCAUUUCGGGGAACAAGGUGUUGCAGUCUUUUACUUUCGACGCACGGAUGGUCGGUCGACCGAUGCUUGGGGUUUUGCCUCUUGCUUCUAGCUAGUCGAAGCUGCAUCCAUCCAAUCUGUUCGGGCCACUUUUCGCAUCAUGACCUAG